AUGUUGGAGUCUAUUCCCUGUCAGCCAUCUGACAACUACUGCACAGUGGCAAAAUGUAGUGGUCACUGUCGCUGCAAUGCUGCUUGUGUUGUCAUCAACUUCAACACCGUCACCAGCGUGUGCCAACUCCAUGACGCCAGCGUUCUGAACAACAACGCCACCGUGGAGGGGAACGUGACCGAAUGGGUUAUCCUGGAACCGCAGAACGCAGGUGCCCCCAAGUUUGGCGAGUGGACGCUCGUAUUCCGAGCAACUGCUGGCAUCAACCAAUCAGCUUUUGAGGAAUACACAAACUCCACUCGUCGCGACGACCAGUACACCAUCGUCAACAACGUCCCCAAGGGCUGCUUGUCCCUCAACGGUUCAAUACCGUGUGACCGUCACUACAGAACCAGACAUCUGGAGACGUGGGAUCACUGGGGCGUUUCCCAGGUUUUACUGGGUCUCUACAAAGAUGGCGACAUGAUUGGCAACGUGACAUUUGAGUGCAACGGAUGCAGCGUUACUUCCUGGUUUCAUUAUAGUCACGUGAUAGCAUCUUCAUGGAACGAUUUGAUGGCACCAGAAACAUCCUACAACAUCUUCAGCAUUGAAGGAGAUGGCAGUCGACAUUUCGUCAUCAAUGAACAUUACUACGGCUGUGGUAACGAUAAGGGCUGGUUGAUGGUGCUGGACCAAUACGGAGGUUAUGGAUGUCCAUGGGAGAAUGUCGCCACCAGUUUCCCUUACAUCCUGACCACAGCUACAGGAACAAGCACAAGCUGGACCUACGGCAAUCCAGUCGCUGCCGACGUGAUGGCGAUCAUGGUGAAGUUCUAGACGUCCACAACAACGACCACCUUGAGAAAACACUGCUGCCAUGGCAACUAUCACCAAACUGUCUACGGACCAUUACGACUUUCUGUACUAACAGACAUUGAAAACGCUGGAUAAUUUUUUCAUCCAUCGGAC